AUGAUGCUAACAGACUCAGAACAUCGACAGAUCUCACCUGUUAACGAACAAGCUAUUUUUCUCACACAUAAGGGCAAUUACCUCUGGAUUACAAGAAAAUCGAAAGGUUAUGCGAAUUAUGAUCCAGUUGACAAGGAGGAACAUCUUGAGAUAACUGGCCUUUCGGUCCAACCCGAAAAUAUCAAGCAAUUCAUCAUCGAUGCUCAUGCCAUGUUCUUCAAGAAAGCGGAUAACGAAUUACUCAUUUUCAAUGUCUCACCUUACAACAAAGCGCCACUUUUGAAGGAUGUCAAGAACUUCUUAUCUGAUGAGGAAAAAGACUGGUAUGGUGCUAGAGGUAUUCCACACAGAAGAGGUUAUUUACUUCAUGGGCGACCAGGUUCAGGCAAGACCACACUUGCGACUGCAAUCGCCUCUCAGCUCAGUCUAGACAUCUAUAUCGUCAAUCCCGCCGCGAGAGGUAUGGACGAUGGGAGGCUCAAUAAGGCAUCCCGAAAUUGUCCGCCACAAAAUAUGACCCUCAUCGAAGAUAUCGAUCGCGUCAUGCCACCCCGACCUAAACGAGGAGAUUCCGAAGAUGAUGGCGAAGACGAUUCUUUCGACGAUAAAACUGUUGGUGGUGCUGAUCCGGGGAAAUAUGGCCUGGCAAGGUCUACUGUGACUCUGUCGGGGUUGUUAAAUGCUAUUGAUGGUGUUUCAAGUCAGGAAGACUGCAUCUUAUUCGCCACUACUAAUCACCCCGAUCGACUCGAUUCCGCUCUUUCUCGACCAGGUCGAUUCGACGUCCAGCUUUCCUUUAAGGACGCUACGUUCAAUCAAGCCAAAGCUUUAUUCAAGCACUUCUUCCCGUUGUCCGACUUCAUGAAUGCCCCUAAGCCUGAAAACAUGAUUGAUGAUGAGAAGAUGACAGAAGAUCAGGGUGUGAUCAGGUCUGAAGGCGAACUUGAUGAACUUGCUCAUCGAUUCGCUCAAGGUAUAUUCCAACCUUCGACAUGUAUAGCUGAAACAGAAGACGACAAGCUUGAGGUCGAGGUGGAAUUUGGACUCUCCAUGGCUACUUUACAAGGAUUCUUACUUACUCAUAAGAAGACUGCUCGAUUGGCUGCUGGCAAAGCCCAAGAGUGGUCCAACGGGUUGAGGAAGGAGUACGAAGAUAGGGAGAGGAAGAAGUUGGCUAAAAGAGCCGAGAGGGAGAAAGCGAAGGAACUGAAGGUGAAAGGUUCUGCUACACCCGACAAUGAGAAACCCAAGAAGGAGAGCAAUAUCUGA